AUGGGUGAUGCUGUCGGCAAGAAGUUGAACUACCUCCGGAAAUCGACUCGUGUCCUCAAUAUCACCGAGGAUGGUCUGAAGCUUCCACCUCAAACAAUUUUACUGGCAUCAGUACACUUCUCAUCCACAACCUCCCACGUGUAUACGAGAAGCGGAAAAUCUACCAAGAACUUCGCCAGAAGCCUUACCGAUGUGCGAGAUCCACUACCC